UAUGGUUGAGCCAUUCAUGCUACGAGCUUCACAGCCUUGACGGCUCGAUACGUUGUAGUUUAUGGACUUUAUAAUUGCUGUUUAUGGUUAUGUAGAUAUAUCUAUAAUAAGUGCACGUGGAUUUAAUUUUUCAAUGUUUAUAAAAUACUAAUUUAACAAGAUUAUUGUUAAUGUAAUGGCUAACGUCAACGUUCUUAAUAAUAUUAUAUCUACACUUGAUAGUAUUCGAUCGUUGGAACGGUUGGAACAAAUAAGAAAUGGGAAAAGUAAAGUUGACAUAACAGCUCUUACCAAAAAUGUUUAUGAUUUCACCAAGGAACAAUCCUGUAAAGAUGGGAAUUUUUAUAGAAAUACAAAUGCAUUACCAGAAUUAGUCACUGAAGGCUUUGAUGAGGAGCAAAUUUGGCAGCAGUUAGAACUGCAGAAUGAAGGCGAGAUAGCAUACUUUUGUAAGAUUUUAACAAGUUUAUCUGGAAGUGAAAGGCUGAUGGUCCCAAUAAGCUCUAGGAAACCUGAACUUGUACAGAUUGAAAAUGAUAAUUUAGACAAAGAAGAUGAAGGCAUGUCUGAUGAGAAAGACUCAGAAGAGGUUAUAAGAACUAAAAGUAAUUCAAAGAAGAAAAAACGUAAUAAGUCCUCCAUUGUAGAUGACAAAUUUUUCAAGUUGCAAGAAUUGGACGAAUAUUUGACUAAGGAAGAAAGAAAAGAGAAGCAAGGAGAGGACAAUACUGGAUCUGAUGAUGACUCUCUAGAUUUAUUUAACGAUAUUUCUGAAGAUGAAGAUGGAGAUAAUGCUGAAAAGAAAUACUUAAAGUACACAGAUUUCUUUGAUAGUCCUGAAAGUGAGAAUGAACGAGUUGGCGAAAGCAAAAAUUCAGAUCAUAGUGAUAGUUUUAUGGAUUCUGAAGAAGAAGGAUUAGAGAACGAAGAAACAGAUCUCGAUGAAGAUAAUGAAGAUCAAAUGGUAAACAAAAAAGUAAGGUUUAAUCUUACCAAUGACUCUGAUGAGACAGAUAGCUUAGAAAAUAAAGCAGAUCAUAAUAAAGAUAAGGAAGAAAAGAUCAAAGAAGAUCUACAGCCAAAAUCUACUUUGGAGGCUCGUCAAGAGAGACUGCAAAUGAGAAUUAAUCAACUGGAGGAGGAAGCUAUUAGUGAGAAGCCAUGGCAAUUGAAGGGCGAAGUGAGUGGUCCAAGUCGACCACAGAAUUCUUUGCUGGAAGAAUUUGUGGUUGUCGAUAUAAACACAAGGCCAGCUCCCGUAAUCACCGAUGAGACCACUAUGAAGCUGGAAGAUAUAAUUAAGCAGCGAAUUAAGGAUAAGGUUUGGGACGACGUCGAGAAGAAAUUCAAACCAGUUGAAACACCAUUGGAAUAUAAGAAAAAAUUGAUACUAGAUCAAGAAAAGAGCAAGGAAAGUUUAUCACAAAUUUACGAAAAAGAAUACCUAAGACAAAAGCAAGCAUUAGAUCCAGAGAAUAAUGAAGAAAAGGAAGUAAUGCCACAGUUGCAUAAUGAAAUUCGACAAAUGAUGCGUUCUCUGAUGUCCAAAUUGGAUGCGUUAGCUAAUUAUCAUUAUACUCCCAAAAUGGCUAAACCAGAGAUUAAAAUCAUUAGCAAUAUGCCUGCAGUUAAUAUGGAAGAGGUGGCACCUGUCGCGACCACUGAUGCUACUCUAUUAGCACCUGAAGAAAUUAAAACCAAACAACGCGGCGAUCUUAUUGGUAAAUCAGAACGAACAAAAACUGACAUGAAGCGCGAGAGAAGACGAAAGAAGUCAAGGCAGCGAGCCAAACAGCAGGCAAUGGAAAAGAAAGACAAAUUGCAAUCAGGAAUCGCUAAAAAGUACAAGGAUAAGAAAGAAAAGGCUGCGUUGCUUAAGAAAGUAAUUAAAGAUAAAAACGUUACAAAAUUAAAUGAAUCUACGCACAAAGUCGCGAAGUCCUCAACUGCAUUUUUUACGCAGUUACAAGAUCAAGUAAAAAAUAAGAUUAAAAUUAAAAAAGAUAAUGUGUCCAAGAAAAAGGACGUUGUUUCAGCCGUAAAACUGAAAUUAUAAUGUUAUUUAUUAUUUUAAAUUUAUUUAAGAAUAAAAUGAAAAUUUUUGUUAUAUUUUUCAUUGUGCCCUAUGAAGAAUUCUAUAUAUAUUGUUUGCUUAUUACCUUUUUUUCUAUUAUCAUUAAUUACAAUCAUAAAAAGAAACGCAACUAACGAAAAUUAUUAAAAACCUUACAGCAAUGUAAGUUCUUUGCACUCUGCGUAAUGUAAGAUACAUAUGUACAC